ACAUUUCACUUUGAAGAAGGCAACGUGGACUCCGCUCCCGGUCCAAGAUUGCGGGAUACUAUGAUGGCCCCCAUUAUAGCUGUUAUCGCCUUUUCCUCCGUCUUUCUGCACCAGUGUCUGGGAAUCCGGAUGUCAUUGCUGAACGCAUAUGCCUGAUUGUACGAUGUCAUGGCCGACGCCGCCGCCUUUAAUGGCAUCCUGGCUUCUCCUAAGGGGGCAUUCUGGCGGCCGGACUCUUGAUCCCAUCAUGCCAAACUGUAUCCGCGCUAGCCACCGCUGGUCCGCUGCGCCAUCUUCAUCAAUGCCCUUCCGCCCUUCCGAAUGGACACCCCGGGAGAGAUCCAGUGGUCGAUCAGGACCUGGAAGGGUAUAUCAACAUCCCAACUGUGAACAUCGGAGCUGUGCAGGAUUCGUUGCUCAAGUACUCCAUCGCGUUGUACCGAUUGUGCGAUCCCACCCAGUCAGCGUGGGUAGUACAUAGCAGGGGGCAUGAUGUCCCACGGGACAAGAGAAACCUCUCCACGCUAGCAGCAUUCAGAAGGCUAGCAAUCCCAGUGUUGGCUAUUUGGUGACACCCACCUUCCUGGCAUCCGCGGUUGCCUGAUCUUUGU